AUGAUUUCCAUAUCGACACUUUUGCCGGCCUCGCUUCUUCUAGCGGGCGGCCUAGUGGCUGCCCAGUCAGAGAACAUUGAAGCAGAGCUCUUCAAGCCAACAAGAUAUAUUGUUGAAUUCUCAGAUGCUGGCUCAGCAAAGUUUAGAAAACGAGAUGGGGAGAGUGAUACGGAGGCUUUUAUUAGCAAACUCCAGGACGGAGGCGUAAGCGCGGAGCCGGCCAUUACGUUCAACUCUGAGCUGUUCCAUGGAGCCUCAUUUGAGAUCACCAACGCCACAGAGCAGGCUGUAGCUGACAUCCUGAACCUCCCCGAGGUGGGAAGACUAUGGCCAGCAACAUACAUGACACUCAAUGCCGAGUCCCAAGGCUUCCUCCAAGACUCGGCGGCCCUCGCUGCUUGGGAUCCUCAUAAGGAAACCAACGUGUCCCAGGUUCACACUCUAGGACACAAGGGUGAAGGCGUAGUCGUCGGCAUCGUGGACACCGGCGCCGAUUACACCCACCCCGCUCUGGGAGGCGGCCUCGGUGCCGGCUUCAAGAUCGACGGCGGCUGGGAUUUCAUAGGCGACUCACCAGAUGUCAUGGACUGCAAUGGCCAUGGAACCCACGUUGCCGGUAUUAUUGGUGCCGAUGAUAAGUAUGUUCAAGGCGUUGCGCCCAAGGCCACACUUCGACCAUACAAAGUUUUCGAUUGCUCGGGCGGUGCAACCGAGGAUACUGCCAUGGCGGCAUUUAUACGUGCACAUGAGGAGGGUGCAGAUGUGAUUAAUGGCUCUCUGGGAGCAGACCGUGGAUUCCCAGAUAGCGCAAUCGCUCUCUUGCUUUCAAGGAUUCAAGAACAGGGUACUCUUAUCGUCAUCGCGGCAGGGAACUCGGGUGCGCAAGGGCCCUUUUACACUACGAACCUGGGAAACAACUUCGGCGGUCUCACCAUUGGCAGCAUUGAACAUGAAACUCUGAUUGCGCACAUGGUUACUGCCUACUCCUCGAGCGGGGAAUCUAGAACUUUUGCCUAUACCAGCAACGAUGGUCGACCAUUCAAUAGGACCGGAAACGUCACUGCCUCAUGGCUGGACGCAGACACACGAACAUUUAACCCUUGCCUUCAGUGGACAGCACCAUCCCCAAUCCCAGACGACAACCUCAUCGUUUUGCCACGCAACACUAUUUGCAGCUGGCAGAGCCAUGACAACAUCCUCAACAACAGAGUCGACUGGGCAUUUUGGUACAACCUCAAGGAUGCUGAGUACGAAGUGCCUACCCGCCUGAUAUAUGAUCCCUCAGUCCAGCCCGUAGGCACGGCCUUGAUUAGUUACGAAGACGGUGACUGGUUGGUAACUCAACACGAGAACGGUUAUGAUGUCACCUACAGUUUCGAUCCUGAUAGCUCUCCGGUGGCUGCUGAGAGACCAAGCUGGGCAGGCGGCAGACUCAACAAUUGGAGUUCAUGGGGUCCUACCAUCGAUGGGCGAAUGAAGCCCGAGGUCGUUACGCCAGGUGGUACGAUCUACAACACUGCUGCGGGUGGCGGUUGGGUCACGUAUUCCGGAACCAGCAUGGCUUCUCCAUAUGCUGCUGGCCUCGGUGCUCUCGUUCUUGGUGUCCACGGCACUCGCCAGGAGAAAUCUGACGCCGCUGCUUCUGCUCGUCGUCGAAUCAUCGCCAGCACUAGAUCAAUCAAAAAUCCAGACGGAUCUGGUGCACCCGCCUCAGUUGGCCAGCAGGGUGCGGGCCUCGUUGAUGGACUCAAGGCAGUGCUCUAUUCGACAACUGUCAACCCCUCAUACAUCCAGCUCAACGACACGGACAAUUUCAAGUCUACCAAUGAGAUUCAGAUUACCAACAAUGGAGACGAGCAGGUCACGUAUAAACUGAGUCACAGCACUGAGCCAACGUAUUUCCCUAGAAACGCUGAAACUGGGCUUUUUAUCCUAUCGCCACCUCAUUCCACUGAAAGCAGCGACCUGGCCAGUGUCGAACUGUCAGUGGAGGAGGUUACGAUUGCCGCUGGUGAGACUGUGAGCGUUGAAGUUCACUUUACAGAGCCUUCUGCAAGCGACAACAGCACGUUCCCCAUAUACGGGGGUGCCAUUGUCAUAUCUGGAAACAAUGACGAGACCGUCCGCGUAUCUUACUUGGGUCUGAAAGGUUCCAUCAACAACUUCCCCCACUUUGGUGGUAUCAACCCACCUUUUCAGGAUCCUGACGGCCAGGCCAUGACAGAAGGAAAGACCUACUCUUUCGAUGACCAAAACGUCCCUUACCUGCCAUUUGUCAUCGCAUGGUCAACAAGAGAGUUCAGUUUUGAUUUUGUCGGCAAAGAUUGGUCACCCGAGGACUGGGCCUGGCCACUUGUCCCCGGGGAGAAGAACUUCUUUGGCAGCUUCCGGACUGUUGGUGACGGAGAUGACUUCGUGGUCGCUGACUUCCCCGUCGUGAACUUCCCACGUAUAAGUAGACAAUUCCACGCCAGACCAUCCGGUACAUUCUCAUGGGGCGGGGAGCUCGUCGAUGGCGAGUAUAGGUAUCUUAGAAGGUCUUUGAAGACUUUUGGAGACCCGAACAAGAUCGAAGAUUGGCAGUGGGAUCUGUCGCCGUGGUUUGGCGUGGAGCGCGGCGCUUGA